AUGUCGAGGGGAAGAACUGAUGGAUCACAAAAGAAGCGCUUAGUUGCUUCCAUAUGUGCGGUGACGAUUUUCAUUGGUUUUCUGUAUGUGUAUGGAGGAUCCAUCUUUGGUUCUCAAAAUAGUGGUUCAUCUGCUCUAGAAUAUGGAAAAACAUUGAGGAAACUUGGCUCAUCAUAUUUGGGUGCGGAUGAUGACAAUGAUGGAAAAGAUGAAUCUUCAUCGAGUUUUGGGCAGGGAGACGAGGAGGACAAUAUUGUUCCAAAGAGUUUCCCUGUUUGUGAUGAUCGUCAUUCAGAGUUGAUUCCUUGCUUAGAUAGACACCUUAUCUAUCAACUGCGGAUGAAAUUGGACUUGUCUCUGAUGGAACAUUAUGAGAGACAUUGUCCUCCUGCGGAAAGGCGCUACAAUUGCUUGAUUCCACCGCCAGCAGGAUACAAGGUCCCAGUUAAGUGGCCAAAAAGCAGAGAUGAGGUGUGGAAAGCAAAUAUACCACAUACUCAUCUUGCACAUGAGAAAUCUGACCAGAACUGGAUGGUUGAAAAGGGUGAGAAGAUAGUGUUUCCUGGAGGCGGGACUCAUUUUCAUUAUGGAGCUGAUAAGUACAUUGCAUCAAUGGCAAAUAUGCUUAACUUUUCGAACAAUAAUCUAAACAAUGAAGGAAAGUUGCGGACAGUGCUUGAUGUUGGCUGUGGUGUUGCAAGUUUCGGAGGAUACCUUCUUUCAUCUGAUAUCAUUACAAUGUCAUUGGCACCAAAUGAUGUGCAUCAAAAUCAAAUCCAAUUUGCCCUAGAAAGAGGAAUUCCUGCAUACCUUGGUGUCUUGGGAACUAAGAGACUCCCUUACCCAAGCAGAUCUUUUGAACUUGCUCAUUGUUCUCGUUGUCGUAUUGAUUGGCUUCAAAGAGAUGGAAUACUGCUCCUUGAACUAGACCGGGUGCUCAGGCCUGGAGGUUAUUUCGCAUACUCAUCUCCCGAAGCGUAUGCUCAGGACGAAGAAAAUCUAAGGAUAUGGAAAGAAAUGAGUGAUCUCGUGGGGCGUAUGUGUUGGAGAAUCGCAUCUAAAAAAGACCAAACUGUCAUCUGGCAAAAACCUUUGACAAAUCAAUGCUAUAAAGAAAGAGAACCCGGUACUCGCCCUCCUCUGUGCCAGUCUGACGCAGAUCCCGAUGCAGUUUGGGGAGUAAAUAUGGAAGUUUGUAUUACACCUUACAGUGACCAUGACAACAAAGCUAAAGGUAGUGGCUUAGCUCCUUGGCCUGCAAGAUUGACCAGUCCUCCUCCUAGAUUAGCCGACUUUGGCUAUUCAAAUGAAAUGUUUGAGAAGGAUAAUGAACAAUGGCGAGAGAGAGUCGAUAAAUACUGGAGUCUCAUGAGUCAAAAAAUCAAAUCAAACACGAUAAGGAAUAUUAUGGAUAUGAAAGCAAACAUGGGUUCAUUUGCAGCUGCUCUUAAAGACAAAGAUGUUUGGGUGAUGAAUGUUGUCCCUCAAGAUGGACCAAACUCACUCAAACUUAUAUAUGACAGAGGCCUCAUUGGUGCCACUCAUGACUGGUGUGAAGCAUUCUCGACAUACCCUCGAACUUACGAUUUGCUCCAUGCAUGGAGUGUCUUGUCUGACGUAGCAAAGAAAGAUUGCAGUCCGGAGGAUCUAUUAAUUGAGAUGGACCGCAUACUCAGGCCAACCGGUUUUAUAAUCAUUCGCGAUAAACAGCCAAUGAUUGAUUUCGUGAAGAAGUACUUAACUGCUUUGCACUGGGAAGCAGUUGCAACUGCCGAUGAUGACGAUGAAGUUGUUUUUAUCAUCCAGAAGAAAUUGUGGCUGACUAGUGGAAGCUUCAGGGAAACUGAAUGA